CGGCGGGAGAGCCGGGCGCGGGGCCCGAGGAUGCUCCCCGCUCUCGCUGCCGGGCUGAGCAGGAGGGGAGAGGGGCUUUGAGCCGUCUAGGAGCCGCAGGUGCAGGCGCAAAGACUGGCUGUAUCGCUGUCACUACAGGACCAUUUCCCUGGCUCUUCUCAGCAUCCUCAAAUCCACUUGAGGCGCCUGCAUGCACGGCUUGGAGGACUGGCAACUGGUCCCUUCAGUCAGCUCAGCACUUCUAAGAAGUUGUCUCUUCUAGAAUAGCCUAAAUGCAGGGGACAUAUCUUUCUAACCUCCCUCUCUUAAAAAGGGCUCUCAAUCAUAUGGUGUGCAGAUCAGAUCUGGCUCACGUGGUCUAUUAGAUUCUCCAGAAACUUGGAUGUCAUCUUUUAAAAAAAGGAGAUCUGCUCUGCACUGAAAAGAGUGUGAAGUGCUGAGCACACCCUGGCCAGACCAGAAUCAAGCAUGGAUUGCAGCCCUCUCCAAACAAAACCGACAUCCCUGCUACAGUGAUCAGCCCUUGUCCCAAAGCUAGAGAAUAUCAAAAGACUGGAAGCCAAAUUCACAGCUACUGUGGGGAAGAGAAAAUAGAAAAGUAUCCACAAAACGUUCUUUUUCUACAGUGCACAAAUCCUGAAUUCAAAAAGGAUAAUUGUGAGGAUUAGAUGAAGAAAAGAGGUAUCUGAGAAUUUAAGGAUGGUACUGAAAACUGGCUUUGUAUUUAAGUUCAACAGAAAGGGAGAAAAUGAAAUAAAGAAUGAAAGUAUCAGUAGUGGGGGUCCUCUUAGGAGGAGAAAGGCAGGAUUCUACAUUUGCCUUAGGUACCUAUUAGCUUUUCUUUGCAUCUGUCACCAUGACUGCUGCUGAAUUUUUUUGGCCAUGUGAAAAAGUUAUGAGAGCCUACAGACCUGCACAAUUCCCCUUCCUCUCUGUGCAGCAGCAUUAAAUGACACCCCUAUGCCUUUCUGACUGUACACUUCAAGAAUGGAUUGCACCACAUUGCCUCUUUCUAACUUUGCAUUUUAAAGCACGGCUUUACUAGUGACGACUGCAUCCCUUCCAGCAUAUAGAGAACAAAGAUUUCUGAAGUGAAACAAUUGCUAGACCGUAGCUGACAGUCUCUUCUGCCUUAAACUGUGUCUACACCUGGACUAACCCAGCUGGAAAUCACCAUGGCUUACCCUUUGCUUCAGUCACUUCCCUACUUUCCCCAAGUCACAGGAAUUUCGGAGGAGUCUGACCAUUACUCUUCCUUGUCUAAGCUCAUGUCAGUCUACCAGGCAACCAACAGGACAGCCUUCAAUUGGACAGACAGCCGGAUUGUUGAGUGGGAGAAGUUUGCUGAGCUGGCCAAGUAUGAACCAGAGUCCCAGAAACCCACAGUGAAGGCUCUCCUGAUUGUGGCUUACUCAGUCAUCAUCAUCAUGUCCCUCUUUGGCAACACGCUGGUCUGCCAUGUGGUGAUCAAAAACAAGAGGAUGCACUCAGCCACCAGCCUCUUCAUUGUCAACUUGGCAGUGUCUGAUAUCAUGAUCACUCUGCUCAACACUCCUUUUACGCUAGUUCGGUUUGUGAACAGCACCUGGGUCUUUGGAAAGGCCAUGUGUCAUAUCAGCCGCUUUGUGCAGUACUGCUCCCUCCAUGUCUCCACGCUGACACUAACAGCCAUAGCCCUGGACAGACAUCAGGUCAUUCUGAAUCCACUAAAGCAAAGGAUGUCACUAACAAAAGGAGCUCUGAGCAUUUCUGUUAUCUGGCUAAUGGCAACAUGCUUCUCCCUACCCCAUGCUAUCUACCAGAAGCUUUUCCAGUAUCACUACAGGGAAGCUACCAUCAGGAGCUUGUGUCUCCCUGAUUUUCCUGAGCCUGCAGAGCUGGUUUGGAAAUACCUGGACCUUGCUACCUUCCUCCUACUGUACCUCCUGCCUCUACUUAUCAUUACCAUCACCUACACACGCCUAGCCAAGAAGUUAUGGCUGCGCAAUGCCAUUGGGGACAUCACCACACAGCAGUACAUCACCCACCACAAGAACAAAAAGAAGAGCAUCAAAAUGUUGAUGCUGGUGGUGGUAGUCUUUGCUGUCUGCUGGUUCCCUCUCAACUGCUAUGUGGUGCUUAUCUCCAGCCUAGGCAUCAAGACCAAAAACUCACUCUAUUUUACUCUGCAUUGGUUUGCCAUGAGCAGCACCUGCUACAACCCCUUCAUUUACUGCUGGCUGAAUGAGAGCUUCCGUUCAGAGCUCAAGUCCUUACUCUGUAUGAGCCAGAAAAUGCCACGGACACAGGACAAUGUGCUGCCAGCUGUGAUCUUGCCCUAUCGGGAGGCCUGGAUAGAGCAAGCCAGGUACAAGAAGGGACCUUCCUCACAGAGCAUUCGCUCCACCAUAAAUGUGCAGACAGUCAAGACAGAUUUGUGAGCUGGAGUGUCAAGAGGAUAAAUGAACCUUCCAUUGCCAAUGAAAGGACUGCAUCAAGCAAGACACAACAGACGCCCAGAAGAGGACAAACAACUGGAUCCCUGCAGCUGGGAAGGAAGGAUAAAAAAUAUGUACCUUGAGAAAGAGAAAUGGACAGUUCAAAGAGAGAAAGGGGUUUCAUCCAAAGCUUUUUUUGAUAGACAGAAGGCAGGGCAGGACAGCCUACAACAGCUUAUGCAUCUUUGAACCAAUUAGUUGCUAAGGCUGCAUACACCUGUACUAAAUUUCUGACAUUUAAGCCGACUUAAUAUUUUUAAGACAUCUUAACUGUCAGAGCGUACACACAUACGUGGAGCAGCGUUGACUUAAAUGCAGUGCUGGACAAUACACCUCCAAGGUGUAUUAUCUUGAGUCAAGUUAGUUAAGUCAGCUUAGCUCAUAAGAUGGCUGCCACCAUGUCAAGGAGCUGUACAUGUGUACACUCCAACAUGGCUUAACUUAAGUCAACUUACUACAUGUGUACACACCCUAAGGUGCUACCCUGCCCUGCCUUCUGUCUGAGGUUUUCUUCAGUUUACACACCUUUUUUAAAAACCUUUUCACAAAUUACAAUGAAACCCUUUAGAACUUUGUAAAUCUGUUUGAUAAGAAUCGUGUGGGAAGGGGAUGUCUCCCCUUUAUGAUGCAUUUCAAGCUACAAAUUUCCAAGAUGGGCCUUCUGCUUAUCUAUCCAGAUGUGAUAUUUUCAAAGAAAGCAAGCAGUGGAGAUUCAAGUGCCAGAGUCCCAUCUUUUCUACAAUAACUCUGAUUCUUCUAGAGAAGAUAGAUUUGACAUUGAUAUUGUGACUGUGUGCGGUUUCCUGUGUACUUCCUUGUCAAUAGUAUGUUAAUGCAUAGAGAUGUUAGCACAGUAAGGCCUGUGCCAAUGCUCAGUGUUCCUGGAAAUGUUUUUUCAUCCUUAGACCAGUAUUUGUACAUUCAUUUUGUUCAUUUUGUUUCUCAAUCGUUAAAUUUGUGCAAUGUAAAUUUGUGCCUUAGAAUAGAGUGGAUAUUCCCCUGCAGAAGGGAACUGUGUAGUCAUAGAAAGCUCUUGCUGUGUUACAGGAGUUGACUAAAAAGCUAUCACAGCUUCUUGUCUGUCAGCGAGAAGUAUAUUUGAUCAAUACUAAACAAGGUUGCUUUGGUAGCAAACUAAUUCUGAGAAACAUAAGUGAAAUGCACCAUAAACCUAAUUCAGAGCUGGUAUAUAAUCAAGAUGAUAUGUUUUUUGGGCAAAGGACCUUCUCUUGUAUGUUUGUGUUGAUGUAACAAACCAUAAGUAAGCACAUUUCUACUGAUGUCAGAGCGGCGCACAUGACAGCUCUGCAUUUGUCUUACCGUGAGUAAAACUACUAUAUGCAGGGCCUGAUUCUCCACUGCCCUGUCCCUUGCUUACAGAUUUGGAAUAGUUCAGCAGAAUGAAUGCAAAGGGAGUAUAAAAUGCUACUCUUCUGAUGGGACUGCUGAGCUUUAUACCCUUCUCCCACUGGUGUCAGGGAUACUGCAUGUUGUAGAACACAAUAAAUAAGAUUCUUAAACUGAACUAACAUUUCCAAAGGUGAACUUGGUAGUGCAGUGACCUACCAUAUUACCUCUUGACCUUAUAGGAUUUGUGAAAGUAGCUCAAUUUUCAAUAAUAGCUUGAAAAGUGAUGUCUUGUAUCUAGGCAUCACAGUGUACGUAAGUGAUAUCUUUUUCACAGAGUACAAGUGAAAAUAUUAUUUCUGCUCUUAUUUAUUCUGUCUGCUUAAUUUAGGCAAAAUGAACUAAUCUUAUGUUAUGCUUUUAUGAUUUAAAUCUAACAAGAAAUAAUGUAACACUUCAUGUCUGUAUUUUCCUAUUACAUACACAUAAUUUUCCCCUUCAGUAGAAGUCUCUAAGGGAUAGUUUUUGUGCUAAUGCACUCAACUGUUCCCAUUUCAGGAGAAAAAAAAUGCACUUCCAAGACUAGACUACUAAGUGAUGUUACUUCUGGAUAUUUGGCAUGUUUCCGUAAAGGAGCUCAUCAUUUAUUAUCUGAACUCAUACUGAAAGAUUGGAUCAGGAAUGUAGUACUAGAAAUGGAAAUAAGUAAAUGUUUCAUCCAGUUUGCAUCAUGCAGACUUUAACAACAUUUACAGUAUUAUUUGCUAGCACCUUGUUUUAAAUGUUAUGAUAGUGUCAGUGAUAGGCCUAUCACUUUUAUAUAGCAGUAGAGCAAACUAAAGAAUUUUGGAUUUUUCAUGAAAAUGGGUCAAUAAUAUUUCUUCUAUGCAAACUCUCACAUAAAAAUAUCUUGUUUGAUGAGUUAUUCUAAGUAGGACUGGACUGUGAUACUCUAUAGCAUGGGUGACUGGUGCCUCAUGAGUCAGGGGAGACACUUGGCCCCCCAGCAGCCAGUCAGCAACCAGGGGGGGAUCCCCCGCCAUGGCCAGUGAUGCUGAACAGAGUGGGGGGGUCUCCUGUGGCCGAUCGUGCCAACCCGGAAGUGCCAGCGGUGCUUCUCCUGGCACCCACACUCUCUAGCCGGUGCUCUCGAGAGGGCACCAGCACUCCUGCCUGCCCCCCCGCCCAUCACCUAAGCAGGGAAUGCUGGCUGUGAGGGGGUGCACCAGCACUCUCAGAGGGUGCAGGUGCACCCCCUACAUGUUGCCACUGCUCUAUAGAUGGGAGAUCUCAAAAAACACAUGCAGGAGGAUAUGCUGUUGCUGUUCUAACAAGUCAUGCUUUAAUCUGAAUCAAUAGUGAAACAGUGUUCUACUGUGGUAUUAGUGGGCGCUGUGUUGCGGAAAACAUGCUCAAGCCUCGAUUAUUCAUAUAUUCAUGAUUUAGAGAGAGAGACAGGACUAUCAGAUCAUGUACACUGACCUCGGGCAUAAAGCAGCCAUAAAAAAACCCCAGUAGUGAUACCAGUGGUGUAUUUUCAAGAAAGGCUUCCAGUAUUGAUAUGACAGCAUCAAAGCAAUGCAGAAUCCACCUCCAUCUUUGAUAGUUUGGUCCAGUGCUUAAGUAGACCACAAUAUUAAUAAAAUGUGUGUCUUAUUUCUAAUUUGAAUGUGUCUGGCUUUAAAUUCAACACUUUGGCUCUUGUUAUGCCUGCCUCCACUAGAUUAAAAAGUCUUUUAGCAUUUGGCAUUUUUCCCUCCUGGAAGUGCUUUAACAUUGUAAUGAAAUCAUUUUGUAAUCUUGUUUUUGAUAAAUUAAGCAGAUUAAGCUCCUUAAGUCUCAUUCAAAGCCAAUUUG